AUGAGCGAGGUAAAGGAGAAUGACCAGCUGCCGAGCAUAAAACACGAGGCAAAGGUCAUCAGACCCCUCGGAUAUUUAGAACGCUUCGAGGCAGCCAUGCUCUCGCUGGACCUUUACCGGAGCUCUAUGCUCACAUGCAGGUUUGCGGUACCUGCAACCCUCCUUCCCGCAGAAUCGCAUGCGAAAUUACAGCAGACGGUUGAGUCGGCUGUCGCCCGGAUCCUGCUAGAACAUCCUCUUCUACGCGUUGGUCUACGAGGUGAACACAAUCGCAAGCCCGCUUUCGUCGAGCUAGAUGCGGUCGACUUUUCCCGUCACAUCGAAUGGCGCCAUCUCGACAUCGGCAAGGAUUAUGACACCGAACUCGAAGCUCUUAUCAAGAGCCGUCUCAAUAUCAAGGUGGAACAACCCGAGACAGCACCAGCAUGGCGUAUCCUUAUGUUAAGCAUCGAGGGCGGGAGAUUCAUCGAUGUCAUGUGGGAAUGGGGUCACUCGCACACUGACGGUAUUAGCGCAAAGACAUUUCACGAAGAUAUGCUGCGGCAUCUAAAUGGCCAUAAUGAUAAUUCGGUGCCCGAAGGAUUUAACCCGGAAACUCGUAUUCUCACGAUACCCCUUGCCCGGCGAAGAGAUCUACUACCAUCACUUCACUCAUUAUGCGACUUCCCCGUCGGGUUAGGUUUCACGCUGGCCACGCUUUGGAAUGAGUUCAAGCCGGCAGUGCUGCAGGCUAAAUCCGAAGCGGGCUUGCGCGCAACCUGGGCGCCCAUCUGGCCUGGGCGUUACGCGUCGGAGUACCGACACUUCGGCAUAUCUCCUAUCGCUCUAAAAAAUAUCAUAGCAGCAUGCCGCGUUCAAGGUACCACUCUGACAGGACUAGCACAGGCACUCGCACAUACCAGUCUCGCAUGCAGAUUAUCGGACGAGCAAGCGCGCGCGUUCCGGGGGUCUACAAUCGUAAAUUGGCGCCCGCUCAUGAAGCGAGCAUUGAAUGAGAAGGCAAAGGCUGAUGUAAGAGACGUUAUGGUGGACGACGUGGAUCUCGUGCGGACUAUGGGGAAUUUUAUGACGACGGUAGAUCAUGUGUUCGAUGAAGAAUGGGUUACGAAGAUCAGGGCGGCGAGUGUUAUUAACGAUUCUUCUCAGCGAGGGCUUAAUCAUUCGGAAGGCAAGAGAGGUGAAACCGAAGAGAAUUUCAAGGAUCAAGAAGUGGUCGAGCGCCGUAUGCUCGCCCUCGAAUCUUUAAUAUGGCCUGUCGCGAAAACGGUGCGUGUCGACUUGGUAAAGAGACUAGACGAGGGAACCAAGAACGACCAGAUGGGUCUGAUGAAGUUCAUCCCUGACUUUCGCGCGUUGCUGAAGGAACGGCUGGAGAAGCCCAGAUCCCACUCAGUCGCCGUGUCUAAUAUAGGAGUUAUCAAUGGUAAAGCCCCUUCGUCUUUAAACGGCGUCGAAAAUCCUGUAGAAGGCGCCUCAGAUGCUUUUACGGGGGCAAAUGCCAAGUGGUCUAUCGAUCGGUCUAUAUUCUCCAUCAGCUCCGAAGUUCAUGGCGCAGCGUUCGGAGUUUGCCUUGUCGCGGCGAAAGAUGGAGAACUAUAUGUGUCAUGCGACUGGCAGGAGAGUGCCGUAUCCACGGAGCUGGGGGGAGGGUUAACGGCGGAUUUGGAGUCGUGGCUAAAGUUCUUCGGACGGGAUCAGGCGUAA